CUGUUUUUGUGUCAUCAAAAUCAUCAAAAUGAAAUAAUAUUUAUUUACUAGUGUGUGUGGGUUUUAAAUUAUUUAUUACAGAGAAAUCUAGAGUACAGUGAAGAAAAAUGAGCGAAACCGAAGGUAGUCUAUGGUGCUACCUCCCAUAUCCAGCCCUAUACAAAAUAUUUCAACAGUUAACUUAUCAAGACCUAAUAGCAGCAGGAAAAGUUUGCAAACUAUGGCUAGCAGCUAGCAGAAACGAUAUGCUGUGGAGGGAUUUGUUUUAUAAGAAUUUCCUUAUAAAUAGAUCUGUGCCAGUUGUAGCAGGUAAAACAUGGUACGAAGAGUUUAGAAGGCUCUGCUACGAAAUCCCAGUGGUUCAAACAGAAAUGUUGGAAGAGCACACUCAUCAGGUGUUGCAUGUCAGUUUUGCUCACAAUGGAAAAUACUUCGCUUCUUGUUCCAAAGACGGAUAUGUGACUGUCUGGAAUUCCAAUUAUCCAGCCACAGUAAAAUACAGCAAAAACAUGAAACUUUUCAAAUGGAAAUAUACACAAUAUUCUCAGUUCAAUGAAACAGAUACUUUACUAUUAGUAUCUGGAGUUCAUUUUGGAACCACUCAUAGUACUUCUGGUGAAAUUGCUGUUUUUAAUUUAGAUGGUUUUACGUUACAAUCUAGGGUAGUCAACAAACCUUACGAUAUUUUUGGCACUUGGUACAGUGACCAGUAUUUGCUUUCCGGUGAUUUGCAUUGGUUGGCUCAUUUAGUGAGCAGCUCACAUUUGUGGCUGAACAGAGCUACACAGGAAGCUGAUUCAGAAUUGGUUCCCAUCACUCACGGUCUCUUUAGAUUCUACAACAGAAAUGCCAGUUCAAUUAGAGACAUCAUGAUUGCCAAUUGUUUACCAAACUCUGAAAAUAUCGCUUUGGAAGAACCGGAAUACUCUGGAGUGCCUGUAGAUCAAGGUGUGAUAUUUGAACAUGGCAACCCUGUAAGUCAUAGAGAUAUCGGCAAUGUUUCAAAACCCAGCAAGUCAGUUUUUGAUGAACUACCUGUUGUAAACCCUACGAGUAGUAGUGAUGAGUUUGCUAAUCCCAUAUGGUAUAGUUCUGAUUAUAGAAAAGUGGAAAUGGAGCAGAGUGAAGCUGCUGCAGACGAUAGUGACUAUGAAAUGGAUCAAGAUGAUAAUAAUAAAGAUGAAGGCUUUGAUGAUGACGAUCAUUCAGCUUCCAGUGACGAAACCGAUGCUCUAAGUGAUAAAUAUUUGAUUUUUACUACUGGCAAUAAAACAUAUACCCCGCACCAGAUCGGGUUCAAACGAAUAAAACCGUUUGUGUUUCCUAAAAAAUUGGACCCCGGCCCAUCUUUAAAGGAAAGAUUAAUCUUGCACGAGCAAAGAAAAGAACAAAUGAGGUCUGCAAGUCCUUCACAGGAUCCUGACUGGUUGGAUUUUGAAAAAGUAGCCAAUAAGUUUGAUAAAAUUGAUCAUCUCAUUGAUUUACACGGGCAUAUUGUUGGAAUGGGACUCAGUCCAGAUCAUAGGUAUCUCUAUGUAAACAGUAGAUCUUGGCCUGAAAACUAUGUAAUAACAAAUCCUCUGGACCCGCCUCCAAUAGCCCAAGAAAUCGAUAUUCACGUGAUCGACUUAGUGACACUGAAACAAGUAGGAACCAUGUUUAGGGCGCACCAAGCCUACACACCAAAUAACGAGUGUUUUUUCAUCUUUCUUGAUGUUUGUAACGAAUACGUGGCAAGUGGUGCCGAAGAUAAACAUGGUUACAUGUGGGACAGACAUUAUGGAGUUUGUCUUGCAAAGUAUCCUCAUGUAGAUGUGGUCAAUUCUGUGGCUUUCAACCCAAAGGAUCCUGAAAUGUUGGUGACAACGUCUGAUGAUUUUAAAAUUAAGAUAUGGCGUUCCAGGUCGAAGGUUAAGGAGUUGGGUUUGGACGUUAGAGAUUUGCCUAUGGGUGUGGAAUUAAGAAAAAUUGUUAAGAAAAAAGGUCGUAGCACAAGAGAUAAAGGUGCAGCGUAUCCACCACACAUGUCUAGAUAAUAAUAAUGAAUUACGAGUUUCUGGUAUACAAGGUGUUUGGUACUUUGUUAGAAAAUUUUCAAUGUUUGUUUAACAUCUAUUGGCUAUAUAAAAAUUUCUGUGGAAUGCUUAUUUUGUAUCUUUUAAAAUGAUCUUUAUAUUACGACUUGUUUGUAGUUGUCUUGAAUAAAUCUUGAAAAUGUGUUCCAACUCAGUGAGAAAUCUAAAAAAAAAUAUUCAAGACCGCUUAAUCCAUUUAGUAAGUGUGCGUACAACACCGCAGGAUGUAAAACUGUCUAUCGCUUUACCAAACAGCCUGUAUACCAAUUAGCUUUUUUAACUGAAACAAAAAAUACUCGUGAAAUCUAGUAAUGUAAUAAUUUUAGUUGUUAUACAUUUAUACAUACUGGGGUAGGUUAUCCAGAGCAUAGCAAAUUUUAGCUCAGAAGAGAUAUGAAAACAAAUUACUGCAAUUGUGACUCAUCUUAGGCUAAUUUUUCAAUCAGAAUGCAUAGAAUUUGUUAUGCAAAUCUCUUCUGCUAAAUUUUAACCAUGGGCCGGCCACUCAGUAUAAUGGUGCUUAUACACUUUUAAAAAAAUAUUAUAUAAUCUGUUAGGCUUCGUUUUUGUACAAAUAUCAAGAGCCCCAUUGCUGAUAAACCACAAUAUUAUACCUUUUAUUUAUUUAUUUAUUUAUUUAUCUUUUUAUUGUUAUUCUCAAUCACUGAAACAAUGUUUUUGUCUCAAGGUCUUCUGUGUGCUUUAUUUAUUGUUUUAUGAAUCAAAUUUUAGGAUUCUUGGUAGCACGUUCCAGUUCAGUUUGUGUAUUCAAAUACUCAAUUUAAUCCAUUGAAUAAUACAGGGGUUAAUUUGAGUUGCCUCUGCCUAUUGCCAACUAGUAGCAAUUUUUUUUUGCAAAUAAAUUUCUGUGAUCUUCAA